GACUGGGAAAGUACCAUUCAAGAGUUCACUCAGGCAAGAAGAGAGGAGAGAGAGACAAAGAGAGAUUGAGAAACACACAGAGGCUGAAGAAAUGGAGCAAGUAGCAAAACUCCUUCUGUGGCAGCUUUUGCUUCUGCAAAGGUCUGUUGUUCAUUUGUAUUCAGUCCCAGCUGACAUGUUGAACCCCGAGAGCGUGGUGGUGUCGGUGUCGAAUGUCAGCGCCAUGGCUGGAUCCCAAACUGUCCUGACCUGCAAGAGUUACCGCAUGAUCUGGACCCAGGACCGUCUGAAUGACCGCCAGCGUGUGGUCCACUGGGACUUGUAUAGCAACCAGGAUGGCGAUUACAAGGCGGAGAGGCUGUGUGACAUGUACUCAGCUGGGGAGCAGCGGGUAUACAGCUCCUACAACCAAGGGAGGAUAGCCAUGCCCCAGAAUGCAUUCGCAGAUGGCAACUUCUCACUGGUGAUCAAAGAUGUUACAGAGAGUGACCAAGGCACGUACUCCUGUAACCUCCACCAUCACUACUGCCACUUGUACGAGACGGUGAAAAUCCAGCUGGAGGUCACCGAGAAAGCCAGGGAAGCGAAGAGGUACUGGGAUGGCGAGAAGGCCGUGAUCGUUGCCUUGCAGGACAGUACCGUGGUGCUCCCCUGCGUGAACCGGAACCAGAUCUGGACUGAACGGCACAGUGAGGAGGAGCAGCAAGUGGUCCACUGGGACAGGCAGCCCCCGGGAGUCCCGCAUGACCGGGCCGACCGCCUCAUAGACCUGUACGCCUCCGGCGAGCGCCGCUCCUACGGGCCUCUCUUCAUCCGGCAGAAGAUGAACAUCUCCGAGACGGCCUUCGCCCUGGGUGACUUCUCGCUAUGGAUUUCAGCCCUGGAGAACGCGGAUGAGGGCACAUACUCCUGCCACCUCCACCAUCACUACUGCGGCCUCCAUGAGCGCAGGAUCUUCCGGGUCUCCGUGAUGGAGCCAGUGAGAGAGAAGAAGGUGGUGAACCUCACUAACCCCAACAGCGUGCCACCUGUAGAUCCAAACCUAGGCAGGGGCCAUAACGUGAUAAACGUCAUCAUCCCCGAGAGCCGGGUGCACUUCUUCCAGCAGCUGGGCUACAUCCUGGCAACCCUGCUCCUCUUCCUCAUCCUCCUCAUCAUCGUGGUGCUCGUUACCCGCAAACACCGGAGGAGAGGCUACGAGUACAACGUGAAGAAAUACGAAGAGAAGGAUGUGAAUCUCAAAGAGUUUUCAGUUGACACAACCGACCUGACCCAGUACAAAAGCGAAGACAUAAGGCUGGAUUUCAAAAACAACAUCCUGAAGGAGCGGGCUGAGCAGGCCAAGAGCUUCCCAGCAAAGAUCAUUGAUUUAGACAAAGAUUUCAGGAAGGAAUACUGUAAAUGAAGACAUUCGGAAGCUGCUGGCUGGACCAGAAGCUGCAAUU